AGAGUGUGUGUGAGUAGGCGUUUACAGAGUCGCAGCGCCCAUUGGCUGACCGUGCAAGCAGAGGCUACUGCUGCUGCUGACACUGCCGCUCCCGCUGCCCGGACACUCACCGACGCAUCGAUGCCCCCGGCGAGUUAUUUCCAAGCAGCCCACGGAGCAAGAUAGGGAGGAAGGAGCGAAGUCUCUCUGGAGUUCAGAGAGGCCUGGUGUCAAACCCGGAAUUUAGGAAUCUAAACUGUGCGCUGAACCUUCAGAUAAGCCGCCACUUAACAAGCACACGGACCCCUUCCCACCCAUCCCACCCCCGUGAGUUCUUUCACCGGUGCCGCUUUAUCGACCAUGUCGGAAGACCAAAUCAACGUCGCUGAGAACAAGCUGCUCUACGAAGAAUUCAGGAGCGCGAGCACAUUGAAGAUCAUUCGAAGUUCCUUUGCCAAACUCUGCAAACAACUGGGGGUAGAUCAUCAAGAAGAAAGCCCCUUUUAUCCACGCUUUCGCGACGCCCUCCAGAACGUGUGGCAGGCCAAGGAGCUCUUUAAAUAUGUGGACAAACGGGCGAACAUGGAAGAAUACGAGCAGGGAAAGGCGUGUAGCGGAGUUAAGGGCCUGGUGGUGGGCGCCGGGCCGUGCGGCCUGCGCGUGGCCAUCGAGCUGGCGCUGCUGGGCGCGCGCGUCGUCCUGGUGGAGAAGCGCGACGUCUUCGCCCGCAACAACGUCCUGCACCUGUGGCCCUUCACGGUCGACGACCUGGCUCAGCUCGGGGCCAAGAAGCUCUACAGGCAGUUCUGCACCGGCGGGCUGGACCACAUCAGUAUUCGACAGCUGCAGCUGAUCCUGCUCAAGGUGUGCCUGAUGGUGGGUGUCGAGGUCCAUGUCAACACGGAGUUUGUCGGCCUCGUGGAGCCCACGGCAGACAAGGAGCACGGAUGGAGAGCUUCCUGGAAGCCUGACAAUCGCGCUGUGUCUGCAUAUGAAUUCGAUGUCCUCAUUGAAGCUGGAGGAUCAGGUGGAAAAAGACUGGACGGGUUUAAAGUGAAGGAGUGCCGCGGACAGCUGGCUAUCGGAGUCACGGCAAACUUCGUGAACCGCAAAACCAAAGAAGAGAUCAUGGCAAAGGAGAUCAGCGGCGUGGCCUCCAUUUACAACCAGAACUUAUUCAACGAACUUCACGAUGCCACCGGCAUCAGCUUGGAGAACAUCGUCUAUUACAAGGGCGACACUCACUACUUUGUGAUGACGGCAAAGAAGCAGAGCCUGUUGGAAAAAAAGGUCUUGAAGCAGGACCAGACGGACGCCGGCAAGCUGCUGUCGCCCGAGAACGUGAACAAGGAGGCGCUGCAGAAGUUCGCGCUCGAGGCCGCCAACUACUCGACGGACAACAGCCUGCCGCGGCUCGACUUCGCCAGGAACGGCCGGGGCGACGCCGACGUGGCCGUCUUCGACUUCACGUGCAUGCGCCAGGGCGAGCACUCGUCCCUGGUGCGCGAGGUGCACGGCACGAGGUUGCUGCUGGGCCUCGUAGGGGACAGCUUGCUGGAGCCCUUCUGGCCACUGGGGACAGGCUGCGCCCGUGGGUUUCUGGCCGCGUUCGACAUGGCCUGGAUGGUGGUGGGCUGGGCAAAGGGGAAACCUCCUCUGAAGCUGCUGGCUGAAAGGGAGAGCGUGUUCAAGCUGCUGGCACAGACAUCUUCGAACAACAUCAAAUCAAGCACGAAGAACUUCAGCAUCAACCCAGCGACGCGCUACACCAACCUCAACCUAAACGCCUGCCGACCUCAGCAGGUCGCUCCUCUGUACAUCGGUCAGAAAAAACCGCAAGGCGCCGACAAGACACUGAAGAACACUGAAGAACCAAUACCGGCCGAAAGCGUGUGCGACCCCGCGAGGCCAAAACCCGUGCCGGCUUUACGGCGCGAAAAGCUGAUCAGGUGGUGCCAGGAGUGCACUCGCGGCUACCCGGGCGUGAACAUCACGGACCUCACCACGUCCUGGCAGAACGGCCUUGCGCUCUGUGCCCUCAUCCACAGGUUCUAUCCCGACCUCAUCGAGUUCAUCAAACUGGAUGCGGAGAAUGCCGUGGAGAACAACCGGCAGGCGUUCGAAGUGGCGGAGCGGGAGCUGGGCAUUGCGCCCAUCACCACGGCCGAGGAGAUGGGGUGCCAGGACGGCGGGCCCGACCUGCUGGCCAUGGUGGCGUACCUCACCCGCUUCUACAACCUGCUGGGCAAUACCCCUCCGCCGACCGCAGCCAUCAGCAGGAAGCGCACCACUAUCAAGUCCAACUCGCCGCUCGUCCUCGCCAGCAAGCUCAGGCAGACCUUUUACAAGAGGCGGAAGUCGUUGGAGGGGUCACGGAGGAAUGCCGUGAGGAAGCCGAAACGUGGCGAGGAAACUCCAAAUAAGGAUGCGAUCGGCGCGGACACAUCGAGCCAAACGAAGGACAACGUGAAACCUGUCCCAGCGAUCCGUAAGAAGCUGCUGCCCACCUCCAGUCAGGCUGGAGCCACACAGGACGACGACUCUGGCGAGCCGCCACGGCCACCGCAGCAGCAGUCCUCCAUCGAGCGGUCGUCAUCGUCACAGAAGACGCUGAGGAGCGAGCCGCAGAGCAGCGUGUGCUUCUUCUGCGAGAAGCACGUGUACGUGCUGCAGCGACUGAGCGCCGACGGGAAGUUCUUCCACCGCGAGUGCUUCCGGUGCAGCCACUGCGAGGCCGCCCUGCACCUCGGAGACUUUGCCUUCGACGACGAGGAAGAAAAGUUUUACUGCAAACCACAUUUCUGCUUACGGAAGAGUCCUACCUUCAGCACAAGAAAACGAAUGUUUGAGAAGAUGCGGCAGACUGUGAAAAUAUCUCUGGACAAUAAGAAGAAAAAGGAAUCUCAGAAGAGUGCAGAAGAGUCGAAAGAAAGAUCAGAAGCAGAAUUGAAAAAACCCAGCGAGCACAAACCACUUAAGGGAACGGUGAAGAACGAGGAAAACCUUCCGGCGGGAGGUGACCGCCUGACACCGCAACAAUCUCGACCAGAAAAGGAAAAUUCAGUGGGACAAGGAUCCGUUGAGAAGACGACAAAAGCUGAGGAAAAUGCAAAGCCAGUUGUCCCACACCGACCUGACACGAGCGUCACAGAGGAGCCACAGGGCAAGGACCAGGAUACGGUGCCCGGUUCAGAAGAUGCUGCCGAUGAUGUGGAACAACCAAAGAAGUCGAAGAGCAUUUGGAAAAGAUUUAAAGGAAUGUUCAGAUCGAGAUCGCUGACAGAUCUCAGAGACCACCAAAAGAUACAUGAUAAAUCUGUUUGGUCUGAUAAUGAGCAAGAUGACGAAGUGAAUGGUGACAAAGAAGCUAAGCUUCCACGUCGGUUUUCAAUGCGAGGGACACGGAAGAGGUUGCGUCGGACGCUGUCCCUCCCCUCUCGCCCCUCGGCGAGAAGACCGGAGGCGCACGUGGGAUUAUCGGGUGCGUCGUCGGGCAAGCCGCCUCAGUGGAAGGCGGUAGAAAGCGACAGUUGGGACGCACUGAAGCAGCCCGUGAAAGAUGCCCAAGAGCCGCCGAAGGAAACGCGGCCUCCGAGAGAGGCGCCCAAAUCGCCGGCGAGACCGACACCGCCUCCGAAACCGCCCCGCAAUCCGGCGAGUCCCACGUCGCCCGGAUUGAAAAAGAUCCUGCAAGAAGCGGAGUCGAGAGACGCAGCCACGGGGAGGGACGCGGAGGGGCGCGCGAACGCCGUCCCAAGAAAGGUGGAGGUGGUCGUGGACGUCUGCAAGCCGCUGCGCAUCCCCGCCGGCGGCUGCGGCAAGCAGGGGGAGAAGAACGGCGUGAAACUCGGGGCCGGGAAGUUGUUGGAGGAGGGCCGCUCCACGGGGGAGCAACUGGUGUGUCAGUCGGCGGUUGGGCUUCGCCGCAAAAAUGCAACGAGGUCCAAGAUUUUUCUCAACCAGGACAGCGCGGAGAUGGAUGCCCUCCUGCCUGACGUGAAAGAAGACGCUUCGUCUCUCUCGCAUCAAGACAGCGACUCGAUGGACACCUCCGAAUCGGGCGACGAGGGAGAAGACAAGAGACCGCGGAGACGGCUGACGAAGAUAGAGCGUCAGCAGCGGAUGUCGGUGUUGCAGUCUGAGCGAAGCUCUCGGCAUCACGAGCAACAGCGGCUUAACAAGGCGCAGAUGAUGCAGCGUGAACUUCAGGAGUUGGAGGAGAAGCAGAGGAUCCUGGAGGAGGAGGGGGUGAAAAUAGAGAAGAGAUUAAGAGGAGAUGGGGUGGACAAUGACAACCCCGUGCUGAUGCAGGAGUGGUUCAAGCUCAUCGGUGAGAGGAACCUGCUGCUGCGCAAGGAGUCCGAGCUCGUGAUCAUGAUGCAAGAACUGGAGCUGGAAGAUAGGCAAGGGCGUCUGCAGCAAAGACUUGACGACCUCAGCGCCUUAAAUGCGUCGGAGUAUGAUGAAGAGGAGCAGCAGGAGCUGGAUCGACUGUUGCAGGAGAAGCUGGAGGUCGUGGAGCAGAGGAACACUCUGGUGUCCCUCCUGGAGGAGCAGAGGCUCUUGGAGAAAGAGGAAGACAAAUAGCUGUCUGAGACCCUGGGCAUGCUGUACUAAGUCUGCUCGUGAUGAACUGUAAGACGGCAGAGAGAGAUCACGUUUGGUUCCGGUGCAAAUAUGACAUAACUUCGUCUCUCUAUCGAUAUCGAGUCAUCCCCGUAGCUGGGAAUUUUUGUAACACGGCACGAAUCGCAACUGGUGGCAAUGAAGUUCAUUCUGCAGGGGAUUGUCGAAGCAAGGCUCUGGGGAGUGUAGUGGGUGACAUAAAACCAAUUCGAGCACGUUUCUGUAAAUGAGAAGUUCGCCAGACAGAAACGUAUAUCCAGGCUGGAAGCAAAUAAGAGGCAUAAUAAUAAAACCUGCAAAAAGGUAAUUUGUAGAUGGCAAAAGGGCACGAUUGUGACCAGGUGAUCAGUCCUCCCAUCAUGCCUUGCAUGACACGUGACAUCACCACUGCAUGUGAUGCACAGCUGGGUCUAUAUGCUCCCGUUUAUUUACACUUCACCUCACCACACUCACUGCCGGUGUGCAAUACGGUCAAAUGACCCUCGUGAUCCGCACGGCGUGGGGUAGGCCUCAUCCAGCAGUGGAUUGAAAAGAGGGGGGAUUGUAGACUGUUGGAGAUAUUUGGAUUUACAUGUAAACUUAGAUAUUGGGAUGUACACGUGGACUGUUGGAGAUACUGGGAUGGACACGUGGACUGAUGGAGAAAUUGGGAUGUACAUGUAGGCUGUUGGAGAUAUUUCUGUCAGUGGGCAGUUAUGACUGGAAAAUAACUUGGAUGUCUUUGCAUCCCGUUGCUGAUGUUGACAAAACGUACAGGCAUUUACCUAUGCGACGUAUCGAUCAAGACGGGCCCUCAAUGGUAUUCCCGCACCUCUGAUUUAGCACGAUUGGCUACGUACGGUGCGAAAGAAGUUCAACAUGCAUACGUACAAGCAAGAAGAGAUGAGAGUCAAUUAUUAAAAAUUUAGAGUUUUUUAAACGUGAUUUAAUUUUAAAUCCGUGUGAUCGCACAUGUGAGCGGGGGGGGGGGGGGGGGGGGGGGAAGGUGGCACAGUGGUGAAAUAAAGUCCCCACACAGCUCCCAUGAUCGAUAAGUUCUGGGCAAGGUUUUCAUCCAACAGCAUAUUGACAAAGGGCUCUACAUUUGAACCACAAACUAUUUAAGGACAAUCCAUCCUUAUUUUGCGUGCAAAUAUCGCCCUCAAUAACGGUGACGUCCGGUGCACAUUAUAGCAGAACGGGAGUGGUACGGGGGGGGGGGGGGGGGGCGGGGGCACGGAGCAUAAGGAAUGAAAAAAUAAACCCAUCGCGUCCUCCGAGGUGAACAAAUAAACAUUCUUGGCCAUUAAAUGCAUCUAAUAAAUAUAGAAAUACAUUAAAGAGAGUAUACACCCUGCAGGUAAGCACGCUGACUGGCAAAAC